GAGACACAGUCGACUUGUGUCGACUGUGUCUCCUAAAAGGAAAGCAGCCUUUGUAUUGUCAGCAAAACGUUUUUGUUGAAAUGAGACAAAAAAUUUAGUAGAUAAACUCAGCAAAUAAUUUUUCUUGCUGGUCAUAUAAUAGCAAAAACUUCUUUUUCGUUUGUGCGUACGGACAGAAAUUCCAUGCAUUCCUGAAUAAGAAGAUAAGAUUGAACGAAGAACCAGGAAAAUAAGCGAGGCCGGCGUAGAUCGGACGCGAUCGAACCACUAUGCGGAGCGUGCGCGGAAGUUCUCUUUGGUAGAAAAUUCUCUUAGAGCGUCAUUUACGCGUGUCAUUCGUCCAUUGAUAGCUCGUCCCGUGGACCGCCGGCGAGAUUCCGAAUUCUGUUGCGUAUCUGUCUGCCAUGACGGAAAAACAUAUUUUGCAAUGGACCGACUAUUUAGUAAUAGCAAUCAUGCUGUGCAUAAGUAUAGGAAUUGGUAUUUACUACAGAUUUAGCGGAGGUCGUCAGAAAACCAUGGAGGAAUAUUUUGUUGCAAGUCGAUCCAUGGGCAUUAUAACAGUAGCCAUCGCCUUGACAGUGUCUUUCAUGUCUGCAGUCACAUUGCUCGGAGUGUCUGCCGAAAAUUACACAUAUGGGACGCAGUUUGUUGCAAUAAACGUAUCGUAUCUGAUUGGCACGCCGAUUGUAUGUUACGGAUUCCUGCCGGUGUUCUUCAAGUUACAGGCAACUAGCACUUACGAGUACUUAGAAAAACGUUUCGGAGUAAGAACUAGAACAAUGGCUAGUUUUAUUUACUGGAUUCAACUGCUUUUGUACUCAGGAGUGGUACUUUAUGCUCCUUCUUUAGCUUUGGAGGCGACCACGGGAAUUUCCAAGACCGCCAGCAUUAUCAUUAUCGGUCUCGUAUGCUCCCUUUAUUCGAGCAUAGGCGGCAUUAAGGCCGUGCUGAUAACAGACGUAUUUCAAGCUGUGCUCAUGUUUGCCGCUGUGUUUGUUGUUAUUGCCAUAGCCGCGCACGAUACAGGAGGGUUGGGGCAGAUAUGGGAGAUAGCGAAUCAGGGCCAACGUAUUGAAUUCGAUAGCAUCUCGAUUGAUCCAACAGUAAGACAUACCUGGUGGUCUCUCAUUUUUGGCGGCUUAUGCACGUUUCUAUCGCUUUAUGGUGUGAAUCAAGUACAGGUUCAGCGUUCAUUAACUGUCAAAAAUAUACAAGCUGCACAAAAAUCUAUGUGGUUGUCUUGGCCUAUUCUAACAGUUCUCUCGAUCACAACUUGCUUCUCAGGCCUAGCAAUAUAUAGCAAAUAUCACAGAUGUGACCCAUACCUUCAGAAAAGAAUCACCUCGCCCGAUAUGCUUAUGCCGCUGUACGUUAUGGACACAAUGUCUAGUAUGCCUGGCUUGCCAGGCCUCUUCAUUGCAGGUGUUUUUAGUGCUGGUCUUAGCACAAUAUCAGCAGCUCUGAAUUCUCUGGCAGCUGUAACGUUAGAAGAUUACCUGAAACCUUUGUACAGAAAGUACACUAAACGAGAAUUCUCUCCUAAAAAAUCAACUUCUAUCGCUAAAAUGAUCUCGUUUCUAUUCGGCUUACUUUCCAUUCUUCUGGCAUUUCUAGCACAAUUAUUAGGUGGAGUUCUCCAAACUAGCUUAACUAUUUUUGGAGUAGUCGGCGGACCAAUACUGGGCGUUUUCACGCUCGGCAUGGGCACGGAAUCGGCAACGGAAGGUGGUACAAUAAUUGGAUGCCUUACGUCGCUCGCGUUUUUAUUUUGGAUCGCUUUUGGCCAGCCACGUCCGAGGCCGCCUGUACUACCAACAACUAUCGAAGGCUGUGAUGUAAAUAAUAUUAUUGCAAAUGAAACAAUAUCUAUUUUGCAAACCGUUACGAACUUCCCUAAGAGCACCGGCGACAGUUCGUAUUUUUACUUAUAUCGUAUUUCGUACAUGUGGUAUUCUCCUCUUGGAUUUUUAAUGACUUUUGUGCUCGGCCUACUCGUCAGCAACUUCUUCCGUUUGUUUGCAAAGGAUCAAGCCGAGUUGGAUUCGAAUUUAUUCUUCCCCGUGAUAGCUCGGCGUAUACGACAUCGACGGCGUCAAGUAGAACCCAACGAUAACGCGGAGAGAAAGUAUUCUUUUACUAACGUGAUCUGUGAUGAAGAUCGUGUCGAUAAACUUGAUACGAAGCUCUAAAUAUUUAUAGGUGAUCUAGUAUAAAUCACAAUUACUAUCAUAUAGUAAUAAUAGAAAGGUUAGACAUUUCCCGCAUUUAUUUGAAUUAAUAGCACAAUUGUGUUAGAAAAGAAUAAUUUUACAAGGAUCUAAAAUAACGUCGCGGAUUGUAUUAAAUAACAAUACAAUCCAAUAAUAAUAUACUUUUAAUAAUUUUAUACUAAAUUGCAUUAAAUGUCUUCCAAGCUGGGGUUUACACUGCCGCUUUAUUUGUAAGCGAAAGUUUCGCACAGAUAAUACGUUCGUUUUGAAAACGUAUAUGCUAAGUAUUCGUCUGCAACUAAUUUGCAUCGGAACAUAUCUAUAGAUGUAUGUACUUUUCAUAAGAGUUUCUUUUAUUUUUGUGUGCAUGUAUGUAAUGUUCAUAUAAAUAUGUAUUUACAAAAAUCUGUUCUAUACAGAAAAAUGUCGACAAUACAUAGUGACUUAAAAUAUUAGAUAGAAGUAAUUUCACACAUAAUACAUACAGUACAUUACAUACGUAAAGUUAGCGGUUUGUAUAAUAAUAUAGUAUGUGUUAUGUGCUAAUCUUUCGAAAAACUUUAAGGGAAUAGUUGACAUUUUAAGAUAUGUAUGUUUGUCAAUGUUGCUGUAUAUGUUGUUGGUGCUGUUAUUGUUAACGUUAGUUAAAAAUAUCGUGUGAUUGUGUACUUAAGAAAGAGACGACCAAACAUGUUUAUAUCAGUGCAUAGAGAGUAGCGUGUAUCGGACACUGCAGUAUUUAUCGAAAUAAAUAGUUAGUCACUUGCAAUAAUUUAUUACUCAAUUUACUCUAAUAUAUGAAAUCCACGACUCUGAAGCAACACCCGUG